UCUGACUUUUCUCCAGCUGUGCCUUUAUACUUUUCCUUCCUGGUGGAAACGGUCUUCGCUAGACUAUGUUUCUCCUUCAGUUGCCUCCGAUUGCCCCCGUCGGCCGACCGUGAUCUCGCCGUCGCUGCCCUCGGGGCUCGGUGAUUGGCUCAGGGUUCAGUUCCUACUGAGGAAAUCACUCCUUUUAUAGUUAAGGCCGUGUCGAGCGGCUGUUUUCCGGGUUCGCGCUCACUCAGCAUGUAGAGGAGGCGGAUCACCGGAGACACCUGGACCACCGCGCGCACACCGGAGCCGGACACACGCCAUCGACCCGCGGUUAUCGAUCAGCUAUUAGUGAAGACUGAAGGCGGCGUUGAGCAGGCCCCGGUCCAGUUUGAUGAGGUUCUGGUCUGGGAUCAGUUUCUAGAAACAGCAUCAACAUCACGGCGCUUUGUUGAAGUUGUGAUGUUUCUGCCCUGACCUGCAGCUUCCAACCGACACCAGAAACACACUGGCAUUUGUUCCUGUGCGGCUUUUCAUCAUCUCGUCACCGUGUGAAACUAACACUGGUCACACUGUGUUGGCAGCAUGGGCAACCUGAUCAAGGUGUUAACCAGAGACAUCGACAGCAGCGGUGGAAACUUCUUCCUGGACUUUGAGAACGCUCAGCCCUCGCAGUCGGAGACGGCGGUAUGGGAGAAGGUGAACCAGGUGCUGACAGAGGCUCAGGUCAUCCUGGAAGACCUGCAGUCGUACAGGGGAGCGGGAGAGGAGAUACGACAGGCCAUCCAGAGUCCUGGUGCUGUGGGCGUGCAGGAGAAGGCCUGGGCAGCUGUGGUUCCUCUGGUUGCUAAACUCAAAACCUUCUACGAGUUCUCCCAGAAACUCGAGUCCAGCUUGCAGUGUCUCCUGGACGUCCUCACCAGCUCCGGCUCAACUCCCACUCAGCAUCUGGAGCAGAAACAGGCUCUGGCUCGUCAGUUCGCCCACAUCAUGCACUUCACGCUGCGCUUCGACGAGCUCAAGAUGACUAACCCCGCCAUCCAGAACGACUUCAGCUACUACCGCCGAACCAUCAGCCGCAUGCGAAUCAACAACUUGUCUGCCGACACAGGAAACGAGGUCAACAACGAGCUGGCCAAUCGGAUGUCUCUGUUUUAUGCCAGUGCCACACCGAUGCUGAAGACGCUAAGUGACGCUACGUCAAAGUUCGUCUCUGAUAAUCCAGAUGUCCCGAUUGAAAACACAACAGACUGUUUGAGUACGAUGGCUAGUGUGUGUAAAGUGAUGCUGGAAACACCGGAGUAUCGCAGCCGCUUCACCAGUGAGGAGACCGUGUUGUUCUGCCUGCGUGUGAUGGUCGGCGUCAUCAUCCUGUACGACCACGUUCACCCGGCCGGAGCCUUCGUCAAGACCUCUAACAUUGAUAUGAAAGGCUGCAUCAGAGUGCUGAAGGAGCAAACGCCCAGCAGCGUGGAGGGACUACUCAAUGCUCUCAGGUACACGACCAAACAUCUGAACGAUGAGACUACCUCCAAGCACAUCAAAAACAUGUUGCAGCCAAAUUAACUCACUUCUUCAGCAGAACGCAACUGGAACAAUACAGGGUUGACAAAAGUGUUGUGGUCCAAAUUUCAAAAGAACUACUGAACAAAGCUUUAUCCGACAUCUUUGUUUAACUUGUUUAACUUGUUUUUUAUCGUUAUUUGAAAAAUGUUUGUCAAAAAAGAGAUACCUUUUACCUGUUUGAUUUAAAAAAAGCUGUCCAGCUGUUGUGUUCAUGUUGCAUUCAUGUCAGGUAAGAUUUCCAGCAAAUACAAUAAUUGGGAAAUGAUAUUUAGUCUGCCACCUACUGGUCAUUACCAGUAGUACAGUUGACUUCUUUGUUGUUAACAGUUUUUUGCUCACAGUAAUGGGCCAAGAUCAACAUGUUAACACAUAACAAACCUUCAAGCUGAUGAUCAGGAUCCGUCAGUGUGUUACAAACCACUGUGGAUAAACCAGUAAGUGACACUGGGUUCUCCGGGUCCUCCUGCAGCUGUGAAUGACUGAACAUUGACUGUAACAUGUUGCUCUGUACUCCUGAUGUGAAUGCAGCUGUAACAGUUUUCCAGCAGCUCCGAUCUCUGUCGCCCUUUGUUAUAGAGCGUUCAGCCCCUUUUCCACCAACAGAACUUUUCCAGGCCCGUCCUCAGGAGCUUUUGCCUCAUUUAGAUUUAGUUCCUCAGCUGCAACUCCUGCCUUAGAUCUGAACUUUUUAAUUACCUAUAGUGGAUUUUCACAGCAUUACUGACUGGUCAGCCUCAAACUGUAACAUUUCGGGGAUUUUUCUUCUUAGUUGUAUGACAACUUCUUUGUCUCUUAGAGCGUCAUGUGACCUGCAGUGCAGAUGAUGCUUGCUUCUCAAAGUCAAACUGGUUCCUGGAGUAGUGCCAUUAGUUUCUGGAUUCUUUGGUGGAAAAGGGUCAUAGUGCUCAGAGGACUGAAAUGGCUCGUUGCUCCUCAGAAGAUGAGCUGACGUCUGGUGAGGCUGAGUUUUGUGGCCAUAAACCAAACAAGGGCAUUUCACACGGUCAUUUCAUUUCACAUUUUUUUGAAACCCAGCUGUACUUCCACAGUCAAAAACCGGUGGUAUGAUCUGAAGCAAGGUUUACAGAAAAGUUAAGUAUUUGUAAUUUUGUUUAGGGGAGUCUGAGAUAAAACAUAAAACGCGAUCGCACUGAUAUAAACAGGCUACUGAUAACAGUUGGUAAUUAGCUAGCAGAGGAGAACCACUGUGACGAGGAGGACGCGGUACGGAUGCAAAGGAAACCUCAAACUGAUGCCGAAGUGACAGAGGGCUGCUGACUGGAAACCUGUAUGCGCUUUUCACUUUGCCUUGUAUGUUUAUGCUGCAGUGUCAGGACUGAAUGGCAUUAAUUGUUUUGAAUGAUUUUUGUGUUGCCAAAUAAAGUUUUUACAUUUUUAAGAAAAGUCUGCAGCUGUCGCUCGUGACUUGUUGGAUGUUAAGUUCCUGGGUUUUCUGUCCAUAUUCAAACAUAAAUGAGUAUUAGCCACUAGACUGAACUAAUAACAUUUUAGCACAUCUUCACUUUAACAAAGAUAAAAACAAUAAUGCCGUCAGCAAACGAACAUAUCCCAUGAGUCUCGGCCACUGCCAACCUGCAGGGUCAGCGAACAGGACUGGGAGUUGCAGCUGAAUCGUUAACUUGUUCUUUUACUAGAUGUUUGGGCUCCAUUUUAGAAACGUCCUGUGACUGUAACUAUCAGAAUGAAUGUUGGCUGCAGUUAAAACGUCCACUGGGAACGUUUUAAGAUUGCCAAUAAAUUAUUCACCUAAACACAGGGGAAUUUGACACUUCAGAGACACGAGCUGCUCCAGCAAAACUGAACUUUGUGAAGAAACUUGAAACUGGCCAUUGAGUUUUGUUUUCAGUCUCUUCUCAAAAAUCCUUGAAGCAUUAAAUGCUAAAAGCUUUCAGAAGAAGUGGCAGAUCCUCUUUUCUAACCUUACUACUGGAGACCUGUUUCUGUGCUUCCCUUAUCCAUUUGUUUGGUGUUUAUCGGUUCUAUAUACAUUUAAUUUCUGGCCUGUUUCCAGCUCAAAUGCAGAACUGCUGACUAGUCACCUCUCUAUUCCAGUCUCCCAGUUAAAUCUGGUUAUUUUCUGUUGAUUGUGGAACAGUUGAUGCCACUGCUGUGUCUUCUUCCUCCUCUUGGUAUUUUUAAAUCCUUCUUAAGUCUCUUUUUUUUUUAUUUCUGCACUAUUGUUCU